UUUCCCUGCUUCCUAUGCUGAUCCUCACCCUCGCCGAGUCGCCAACUGGACGAUUCCUUCCAGAUAAUCUCUUACUUUUGAUUUAUGACGAGGAAGUCAACGCAGAACGAAAUUUACUCGCAGUUGAAGUUACUACGAAGAUCGACGUCUUUCCUGCAGUCGAACACGUGAUUUCUGCUGAUCUAUGUAUAAUAAUCAACCUGUUACUUCGAAAUUAUAAAUUGAGUAUUUUCUUUUCUUUUUUUUUUCUUCUUUUUUUUUUGAGAAUAAUUUUUUAAACGACCGAGAUUAUUGAAAAAGUAUGACAACUAGCAAGGAUGUACAAGCACGUGCUCGACAAACACGGCAUAAAUAACAUUUGGCCAGAUCCUCGUAUGACUAAUCAAACACCCUUAUCAGUCUCUUAAUAUAGUAUAAACCGACGUUGCUCUUUGUAACGAGAUUACGUUAGCAUUUCAAGAUACGAUCAAACAAAGACUUCAAUUAAUCCGCCCUCAUUUUUCGAAUUUUCUCAUACAAUAUCGGAGAAUAAUCGUUCCGUUUAGAGUUACAAACGAGUUUGCCUAAUUUUUCACAAGUGUACAACUUUCUUGCUGACUAAGCUGAACUAUGGCCGACGAAAAUGAACAUCAAGAUCGCGAUAACAUCAACUUAUUAAAUUUCAGUCUCCGACUGAACGAUUACUCGUAUUAUUACUCGUAUCGUACGAUUAGGUACAGUCCGAAAAUUAUCGAAUUUUAUUACAUAAGACAACAUUCCAUUCGAGUAACAAAUCGAAAGAUAGAUGGAACGAUAAAACACUCUCAAAACAACGAAUUUGUAUUCGAGACGAUAAUGAAAUGGGGAUCGAUUAUGCUCUAGUUAAUGCGAAAAUUUGUUGACAAUGGAAACCAUCCAAAAGAUCGUACCUUGAAACGAGAAUAUCCACAUCGUGAGAACGUGCUAAUAUGUCAUGACGUCAGCAUACGAUAUAUCGUGCAUCAAAGAUCAUUAGCAUAAGCAUGUGAUCAGCUAAACCACGUGCUCGUGAUCGUCUGGCGUAAAAACUUUUUGUUUGACGGUAACUUUUACGGGAGUCGACGAUCUCGAUAGUAGAUCUCGGCAAAACAUCUGUAAAUUGUGAUUAUCGAUAGUUGAUAGUUGAGUUUUAACUAAAAUUUUCCUACUAUAUUUGAAGUCAAAAGAGUGUGUUUCCGUCAUGCUGUGGAUGAACAAAGUAUGAAGUUCCCGUGCUUCCCGAAGCCAAGUAUCCUGGGACAGAGGGGCAGUAUCAAUCUUGCCUCUCUGUCUGGGAAUGAGUCGAACAAUGUGAACAGUACGACCUUAAACCAAAAUGUGAAGAGCCCAGUGGUAACGAGCUACAAAGAAUCUGGUGAACCAGAUCUGACUCAUGGCGUUAUACGACCCUUACCUGCUACGGUAAUAUCUAAUGGAAUCGGCCCACCUGUACAGUCCCAUGGAAAAAGUAGGGCACCAUUGCCACCACAACAAAGUCACAAUGGGAACGAACAAGAUCCUGUCAGAACUUCGGAUGGUUCUGAUCAACCUGCGAAUCCCAGAGGCGGUAUUAUCGGCAAAACUCCAACGCCACUCUCUGAGCCAACUCCUGUUUACGAAAAGGACGAAAAGAGUAAACAACAGAUUACAAAGGCCAUUUUGGAGAACGAAUUUCUUGGUAACCUUGAGGAAAAUCAGGUGGAAGCGUUAGUCGAUGCCAUGUACCCGAAACAUAUACCACCGAACACCUUAGUGAUUCGAGAAGGAGAUAUGGGAUCGCACCUGUACGUGUCAGCGGAAGGAGAGUUCGAUAUCUAUGAGGGUGACAAUUUCCAAAGAAGUUUUGGUCCUGGCAUCGCGUUCGGAGAAAUUGCUUUGUUAUACAACACCAAGAGACUUCGAUCCAUCAGCGUAAAGAAAGGUGGAAAGGUGUGGGUCCUCGACCGAUCCGUGUUUCUCACUGUUAUGAUUGACACAACGCAGAAAAGGCUGGAAGGAAACAUUCGAUUCCUUAAACAAGUUUCUGUUCUCCAAAAAUUGCCCGAGCCAAAGGAUCACGUGCUCGCUAAGAUUUCCGAUCUUCUCCGCGUGGAAUUUUAUCCUGCUGGAGCAAAAAUAGUUACGCAAGGAGAAAAAGGUGACAAAUUUUUCAUAAUCAGCGGUGGAAACGUUAGAAUAACAAAAGACACCGAGGAUGGUGACGAAGAAGAGCUAGUGGUCCUUGGAAAGGGUCAAUACUUUGGAGAAAUAGCUCUUUACGACGACACUGGUGAAAAUCGUCGACACGCCAACGUCAUUGCACUGGCGCCUGGUGUCGAAUGUUUAACUUUGGACCAACAUUCCUUCCUGAAUUAUUUGGGUGGCCUCGACGAAAUACGCAACAAGGAUUGGUUAGCGGAAUACGGAAGACAGAAACAAUCGCUGACGCUGAAGAAGUGGACUAGCGAGUAUUCGAACGUCACUUUGGCCGAUUUGGAGACCAAAGCAACGCUAGGAGUUGGAGGGUUCGGCAGAGUGGAAUUAGUCACUUUAAAGUCAGAUCCUCAGAAGAGUUUUGCUCUCAAGAGACUGAAGAAGAAGGUGAUGGUCGAGCAACAGCAACAGGAACACGUGCUGAACGAGAAACAUAUUAUGCAAGCCUGUGAUUCUCCAUUCAUAUGCAAGCUCUACCAGACGUACAAGGACCGGAAAUACGUAUAUUUCCUGAUGGAAGUCUCUCUAGGUGGAGACGUGUGGACAACUCUCCAAAGAAGACGAGUCUUCGAUGAGUCAACCGCACAAUUCAUGGUAGGAUGCGUGGUAGAAGCUUUGGAUCAUCUUCAUUCGAUGAACAUUAUUUAUCGUGAUCUAAAGCCAGAGAAUCUUAUGCUCGACGCCCGUGGAUACUUAAAACUAGUUGACUUCGGUUUCAGUAAAAAGAUCGGACCAUCGAAAACGUGGACUUUCGCUGGUACGCCCGAGUACGUGGCGCCAGAAAUUAUUUUGAACAAAGGACACGAUAGGGCGGUGGAUUACUGGGCCCUCGGGAUUUUAACUCAUGAGCUACUAAUCGGUAAGCCACCAUUCCGAGGUUCUGAUCAUAUGUCCAUUUACAACAAAAUUCUGAAGGGCAUCGAAGUGGUCGGAAUACCUAAUUCCAUUAGCAGAAACGCCAGCAGUAUCAUCAAGAAGCUUCUUCGUCUAAGUCCUUCUGAACGUCUUGGCUACCAAAGAAAUGGCAUCCAAGAUAUUCGAGAUCACAAAUGGUUCAAUGGAUUUAAUUGGCAAGCCUUGCAAAGAUUAACCUUACCAGCGCCAAUCGUUCCGACAAUACGAAAUCCGACCGAUACGAGGAAUUUCGAAAAGUAUCCGCCGGAUCGUAAUGUUCCACCGGACGAGUUCUCUGGAUGGGACGCGAGCUUCUAAGCAGGAAAAAUCGCACGAUAAUCUAAGCUGUACAUGAUUUCUCCAUUAAACGUUUGAUAAGAGUCGUGAAAUGAUACAAAAAGUGCACAUGAAGGAUGAAAAUAAUGUUUACAAUAAUACCCUACAAUAAAAGCAUACCGAUAGCAAAGAGAUAAUCGUUAUCUUUAAUCGAUUCGUAUAUUACAGAUGCGUAGUUUCCUAUGUAUGUUUCUUACAUUCGAAGACACUAAUGUAUGAAGACGCUAAUCUUGUAUCUUAUGACUAAACUGUAAUUAAUUAGCAAUAUAUAAUAGCAAUAUAUAUAUAAUUCUUGUAAAAGAAGUAGAAAGCGAACAAAAAGAUACUCUGCGAUGGAUAAUAAUUUUAACCAUGAUAAUUUUAAUAUUACUAAUUGAUAAUAAAUUUAUAGGUACAUGAGUUGUUAA